AUGAGUUCGGCCAAAGCAGCUGCUUCGGCUGCUUUUCGAGGCACGGCGCAAAAGCUGCGGCAAGAGGAGUUGGAGAAGGGGAAAGCCAAGGCAGAGGCAAGGACUGCAAUGAAAACUAUAGCCAAGUCAUCGUCUGUUAAAAUCACAAAAGCGGCACAGCCGACCACAAAGACUCCAAACACCGUUACAACAGCAAAGGAGAAUAGAACAACCAGAGGGAAAACAUUGAACAAAUCCACAAGCAACGCGAGUCUAAGGAGCGGAACAGGUGACAGAUCCAAUUCCACUGUGAGUAAAACACGCCCAACCAGCGCCUACGCAAAGCCACUAAGCAACAUUGACAAGGCGGAACAAGCAAAGUUAGACAGCUCAAAAAUUACUGAGAGUUUGCAGACAGAAGGUGGAUUGAGGCAACAAAAGGCUGUAGCAGAAACUGCUCGACCAGGACUGUCUCUGAAAGCAAACAUCAAUGACGAAAAAAAGGGUACAACUACAAACAGGCCAGUUGCCUCAGGAGGUCUGACAGCACAGACAAAACGCCCAAAUCUUCAUAUAACAACUAGUGGACUAGUGACGAAGGCAGAUGGGUCACCAAACUCAACGCCUAAAGCACAGCAAACACCUCAGCAAACUCCAAAGACACAAACAGCGGCAAAAAUACCAGCAACAUCAACACCGGCGACAAACUCAGCACCCCGGACCGCAAAAAGUACAGAAGAUUAUUUUAGCUUGCCCGUGGCAGCAGCAGCAGCAGCUCUGACUCCGCGGUCACCGCGUUCGCCUGGUGCCCUUUCCAUUUAUGGACCACUUUCCUCACAGUCAUCUCACCCGGCCACACCCCAAAGUAUGUUAGAACACGUGCGACUGUCAAUCAAUUCUAAAGCAAAGCUGGGCGUGGGGAAAGAUGCAGCACGUCGUUCGCUUGUUGCACUCAGCGAGUUUCGCAAUUCUGUAGAUCAGAAGCGAGCAAUGUCGCUGGCUCUUCAUGACAGUGCACUGUUUUUGGCACAACUUCAGGAUGAUGUACUGGUAGGGCUGGUAUCGAGCGGGCCAGAACUGGGCGAUUUCGCCGGCCGUACGAUUUACGGUGUCAAUACUUCGAACUCUUCCUUUGGCUCUUUUGAGGCGCUGUCGACAGCAAGUGACACAACGCAUGAUGCACCCAGGUUUACACUUACCCCACUGGAACGGACAGCACCAAUUCCUAUCCCGAAUGUUCCGGCUUCCGGUCCUGCUGCACAUAUCUCGGUUCCCGGCUCUAGCUCCGGUUCGACUCCUGGUGGACAAUUCCAAAAUCCAGGGACAAGCAUUGCGCCGUCGCCAAUUCCCAUUCCGCCAUCCCCCAAUGCUGUAGCUCGUGGUGCUGCGGCUACAGGCGAUAAUGUUGGCGCAUUUUCGCUUCAACUGCAUUCUGCUGAAGAUGUGAUGGAGCGGCCUCGCAGACGGAAACCACCUGAACCGAUGGAAACUAGUGGGUCGAAUGAUGAAGACUCAGAUGAAUUCCCACAGUUCCCGGAAAUUGGGGAGCGGCCCAAACACAGACUAUUCCAUCUUCGCCGUGGAAGAGAACGCGAAAUACUGCGAGAGAGAGCAGCACUGAAAGAGUUAGAGAGGGUUGCCCUGAGAGAUAGAGAAAAUAUGAGGGAACCUGAGCCUCUAUUUGAAAGAGAAGUACUGAGAGAGCGAGAUCCGGCUCGCAGCAGUGUGGAGUUGUCAGCACUUGGUCCCCCAGUUAUGCUGUCGCAAGUCAAGCUCAAAAGUACCAUGCGCAAAACCAGUCGACGCAAGGAAAAAAAAGCAUUUAAUGAGGAUAAACCGUGGAAAAAUCACAGCGAUUUGGACUACGUCUCAGAUCUGCAGCGUAAGAAAUAUGAAGCGCUCUGGGCGAGUAACAGAGGAGUAUAUUUGACCCGCGUCGUCACACGACUUGUGGGAGUAAAUUACGAGGAGGAUGAUUCGACGACAGCCGGUUUUGUACCAAAGGAUGCUUUGUCAGUACGUGAAAUUUCCGAACGAGCGGCCAGGCUUUCGUCCCAGUCACUAUCGACAGAUGUGGAUGAAGGAGAUGUAAGACAAUUGCACGGCCUUGACCACGUGGAAAUCCUGGAGUUGAUGCAUGCAGUGGUGGUUCUGCGGAUAUGGAGCCGCAGUAGACUUCCACAGGAAACUCUUGCCGCAAUAUGGGACCUCGUAGAUUACCGAAAGGAUGGAACAUUGAAUCGGGCAGAGUUCAUUGCAGGAAUAUGGCUUGUGGACCAGUGUCUUUACGGGCGAAAGCUUCCUAAACGAGUGCCACUGCUGGUAUGGGCAAGCCUUGGAAGCCUUGGUAUCAGCGUGAAUGUAAAGAAGAAGAGACGGUGA